AUGGCGCCGCGCGUCGUCCGGGCCCUGCUGACCGCCACCGCCCUCCUCGCCCCGCUGCUCCUCUCCUCCCAGAUUCCUCCCCUGCCCAGCGCCGCGGCAGCCGCGGGCUCACCGGCUCCGGCCCCGGCUCCCGCGCCGGCGCCGGCGCCACACCACCACCACCCGCCCCCGUCGCAUCAUGCCGCGUCGUCCGGGAGCAACGAAACCCACGCCCGACGGCCGCCGGGGCAUCAGCGAGGCGGGGGCGCGCGCCAUCCUCCUCCGGCGCCGACGUCGGCGUGGUGGCGCCGGCUCAACUUCGGCGAGCGGUUCGGGAUCGCGCUCGCCGGCGUGGCCGUCGCAAUGCAGGUGGUGCUUGCCGCCUUCCUGCUGGCCCUGCGCGCGCGGCAGCGGCGGCGAGCGGCGGCCGAGGCCCAGGAGGAGGAGGAGGCGGCUCCGGCGGCGGCGGCUGCGGCUGCUGCGUCCCGGCCCGCGCCAGCGUGA